UCUCCGUUUCCUGAAGGAUCCUGCCUAGAAAGACUCGCAAACACUGGAUGAAAGGAAGAGAAGGGAUUUUCUUUUCCUGCCACGUCUUUUCAACUUCCUGAAAACACAAACCCUCCCACCAAAAAGUCAGCCCGAUGUAGAUCCCAUUUCUAAUUCAGAUAGCUGUCCAGGACACCAAAUUCCAGACGCUGACGGAAUGUGGGCUACAUGCAGCCUGUCUCCUGUUGUUAUGGUCAAGGAUUGACACGGUGACAUUUUACAAUGAGAAAGCCUCUCCCAUGAUACUGCUACCUUCUAAUCCAAAAGAUGGGUCUUGGUUCUGCCGUCCUUCUUUUAGCAGCUGCCGUGUCCACGUUGGGAGGCCUGAUAUUUGGAUAUGAACUUGGGAUCAUUUCUGGUGCCUUACUACAGCUGAAAAAUGAAUUUUAUCUCACCUGUUUUCAACAAGAGGCACUUGUCAGUGCAGUUUUGGUUGGGGCUCUUCUGUCCUCCUUGAUUGGAGGAGUCAUUAUUGAUCAAUGUGGAAGAAGGACGUCGAUACUUGCCAGCAAUCUGGUGGUGUUGGCAGGAAGUCUUGUAUUGGUGUUGGCCAACUCGUUUUGCUUUCUAGUGAUUGGACGAGUCAUCAUAGGGGUUGCCAUCUCUCUUUCAUCAAUGGCAUGUUGCAUUUUUGUCUCUGAAAUUGUGCGCCCCCACCAACGUGGAAAGCUUGUGUCUCUUUAUGAGACUGGCAUUACUGUCGGCAUUCUACUGUCCUAUGCAAUGAACUACUUUUUAGCAAAUGUCAAGGAGGGUUGGAGGUACAUGUUCGGCUUGGCUAUAACCCCAGCUCUUGCCCAGUUUAUCAGCAUUCUGUUCCUCCCUUCUAAGCCUAAAUUAACCACUUGGAACCAAGAAACGGGCAAUGGCUUCAUUCAAAUGAAGGAUAUCGAGGAAAUAGAAGAAGUCAAACCAGUUCAACAGAAAAGAGAUUAUACUUUUGUUGACCUCUUUUCGUUGAAAGACAAUAUGAGAACCAGGACAUUUGUCGGUUUAGGGCUUGUGAUGUUUCAACAGUUGACUGGACAACCAAAUGUGCUUUUCUAUGCCUCGACUAUAUUCCGCUCUGUGGGUUUCCAGAGCAAUUCUUCUGCUGUUUUGGCAUCCGUAGGACUUGGUCUGGUAAAGGUCCUUUCAACGUUGGUUGCUAUGAGUUGUGCUGAUAAAGCUGGAAGAAGAAUAUUACUUAUCGCUGGAUGUGUAAUAAUGACUGUCUCCAUAACUGGAAUUGGACUGCUAAGUUUUAAUAUUGAACUGGGCACUCACGAGGACUGCAAAGCUCUUAUAAAGUCAAAUGUUUCCUAUGAUCUAUCCAAUUCUUCUGAGUUCAUUGGUGGCAUGGCUGAAACCUUUGACUCUGAGUAUAGGUCAGCCCAGCGCAAUACCUUAGUAGCUAAAACUCAAAGCAUUCCAUUGGGUCUUGUAAACAACCAGCUGCCCGCAAUGUCUACCUCUUCCAAGGCUUGGAGUAACGGUGACUUCUUACAACCAGACAAAGACCACGUGAAGCAAACAACCGCACAUUCUGCCAGCACUGAGCUCCUUAACAAUUCCCUUGUUUUGAAUUGGAUUGUCCUGUUGAGUAUGAUGACUUUUGUGAGCGCUUUCUCUAUUAGCUUUGGCCCGAUGACGUGGCUGGUCCUGAGUGAAAUAUUCCCAGCUGAGAUACGAGGAAGAGCUUUUGCGUUCUGCAACAGUUUUAACUGGGCGACAAAUCUACUCAUCAGUUUGUCAUUCCUGGAGGUCAUCAAUUCUAUUGGUCUGUCCUGGACAUUUCUUGCCUAUGGUAUGAUGGGGGCCGUGGCAAUUGUAUUUAUUUACUUCUUCAUUCCUGAAACGAAAGGAAAGUCUCUCGAGGAGAUUGACAAAGAGUUCUCCACUAAAAGGUUAGUCAGUCUAAAUCAGAAGUGGGAGAGAAUUCCACGGAGGCGGCUGUCUGAUCCUGGAUAUCACAUGAUGGGAAGGUCAAACUCCUCUAUAUCCAGUACGUCAAGCACUUCCUAAACCAAAUCUUCUGCAACUGGUGGUCCAGGUUCUCCCAUGAAUAUCCUAUUCACUGAAUUGAAGAUUGUCCCGGGAAGCACUUUAGCUGAUAUCUGUGGAAGACAUUUUGCACAACCACCCCAAGACCCAAAGACAAUGUCGUUUGACAAAUUUCACAGAAAUCUGCUUUAUAAAUAAAAUAUUUUAAUCUUUCACAUA